UGAAAAAGAGAGACAGACAGGCAGAGGAACGUAUUGGGGUCUCCAUUCAAUACCUCUACCAUUCUUUGUACAACAAAUAGUCUGCCAUGCCUUCGAGGUCAGCUACAAACAGACGGAAAGCAACAAGACCUGCCAAGAAAAUGAAGAACACCACGAACCCCACCUACCAUUCUUCACCUAAUUUUCAACUGCAAGGAUUUCAAGGGAAUGAGAGAGAGGUUGAUGCUGGUGAUCGUCUUUUAGUUGGAGAAGAGGAAGUAAAAGAGAGGUAUUGUUUAUCUUCUCUAUCAGUGACUGCUGCACGUCAUAACAAAAUGGAACCUUCAAAUGGCGAAAUAGAUGAUACCCAGAAAGUAGAAUCAGAGGAAGAGAAGAGAGAGGUGCAAAGUGUGAUUGAAUCUUCAAAUGGGGAAUUGGAGGAGACGCAGAAACUGGAAUUACAGGCCGAGGAAAAGAAGGUGGUAGUCCAGCAUGUUGGGGAUGUCGAAGCUGUCGUUGAAUCCGUUAGAGAAAUUGUCCUUGAUGGGGAUUCUAAGCUUGUGGAUGAGACGUCUGAUGGGGGUGAUCGGGGUUUGAGAAGUAGCAGCUUUGACAAAGAGGAAACACUUAAUGAGAAGAGUUCCGAGGUGGUUUAUUCAGGAGAGUUAGAGGAGGAGACACAGGUUUCUAGCUCAGUUGCCGACUCUGUGCCUGUUGUAUCUUUGUCCAAGGAUUUCAUCCAAGGAGUAGAAGAACUUGUUGAGAAUUCGAUUGGAUUAGAAUCGAAAGAACGGGAGGAGAAAGCUUCACUGUCUUCGGAUAAUACUGAGAUCAGAAUAUCUCGGGUUGAGUCUUCAGAUGAGAACAAUGUCUCUUCCGACGCUCUAACAGAUGUUGUGUCCAAGGGAAUUGAGGAAACAACGUUCCCGAACUUGGAUGUUCCUGUGGUGGUAACAGAUGUGGUUUCAGAAGGAAUUGGAGAGACAAAAUUGCUCUCUUCCGAUGCGAGUGUAGGGGAGGCAUCAAAAGAGAAUGUUAAAAAUUUGUUGCAGCCGUUGGCCAGUGCUCCAGUUGUUGAAAGGGGUAGUGUUGUCGAAGAGGGCAACAAGACUGAGAUUCCUGAAAGCUCCGGAAAUCCGCAUGUCAUCUCUUUGGAUCAACGCACCCUGCAGCCGACUUCUUGGAGGAGUUGCUGUGGACUUUUUGAAGUUCUUCGCCGCUCUGAUAGAUAACUUAAAAGAAAGCUGAUUGUCGUGCAGAAGUACUUAAACUGUGAGUGAAGCUUUCACAGCGAGCAUAUAGUAAAUGUGCAGGAAUUAAUCUGUUGUAGCAUAUAGAAUAAGCAUGAAUGGACUGCCUGGAGAAUGUGUGGAGCAAGAGUCGAAAUUGUUAUGCAACUCAGAACUGGUGUGUGCGUGUGGUGUGUUUUAUGUCAGUGUUUUCUAUCUUUUUAUUUUUUAUUUUUACAUAUUCUUUUCUAUUUUCAGAAACAUCGUUUGGUUUUAGCAGCGAUGAUUAUGUCAAGAAUUCAUUGGCAAUAGUACACAAUAUUUUCUUGCAAACAUUAACAUAAUGAUUUGUUCAUUCCUAUUUAUCAGUUUAUGGAGUUGUUCUUGAUUGCUCA